UAUGGUUAGCAUGUUAACAGGCGCCACGUGCUAUGCCCUAUUCGUAGGUCACGCAACGACUCUUAUCCAAUCUUUUGACACUUCCAAGAGGCUAUAUAGAGAAAAGUUCAAACAAGUGGAAGAGUAUAUGAUAUAUCGUAAACUACCCCGGUCUCUUCGUCAAAGAAUUUCGGAUUUUUAUGAACACCGAUAUCAAGGAAAGAUGUUCGAUGAGGAGCGCAUUCUAUCGGAACUGAAUGAAUGCCUUCGGGAGGAAAUUGUCAAUUUCAACUGCCGAGCAUUAGUCGCCUCCGUACCAUUUUUCACUCAUGCUGAUCCAAAUUUCGUUUCGGAUGUUGUAACGAAAUUACAAUAUGAAGUUUUCCAACCGGGAGAUUUAGUGAUAAAAGAAGGAACGAUUGGAACGAAAAUGUAUUUUAUUCAGGAAGGAAUAGUAGAUAUAGUUACGAAAAACGGAGAAGUUGCCACUAGUUUGAGUGAUGGAAGUUACUUCGGCGAAAUCUGCCUACUUACAAAUGCGAAACGAGUAGCGUCCGUUAGAGCGGAAACCUACUGCAAUUUGUAUUCUCUGUCAGUCGAACACUUCAACUCUGUAUUAGAUCAUUAUCCCGUAAUGAGACGAACAAUGGAAUCGGUAGCCGCAGAACGCUUGAACAAAAUAGGUAAGAAUCCAUCGAUUGUGUCUAACAGAGCUGAAUUGGAAGAAGAUAUAAACACCGUCAAUGAAUUGAUAAUGCAAACAACACCUUUGGCGUCAUCUGGCUCCGAAGGGUCUCUUACUAACAUUGAGGAGGAAAAGGCCAAAUUUUCUGACGACAUGGACGAAGAGAUUCGCAAACCAGCGCUCAAAAAAUCCGUUUCGGACUGUUUAGUCUCUCGCCAUAGAAGUUCACCAACUCAACCUGAUAAGGAAUCUUUAGUUUGA